ACAGAGGCGUGAGCGUGCACAUAGCCGCGAGCAGCGUCCAAAGAGCCCCAGUUAACCAGGAUGGAGCGCAGGGUGUCGGCGGUGACUGUUGUAGUUCUCGGCGUGUCUUUGGGUUUCUGCUUUUCUCAGACUUAUGAACUGAGCGAUAAAGAGGGCCUGGGGGCAGUUUUUGACGGAAUUGGAGGUUUGAGCGGCGGAGGGGCGACGUCUCGUUUACUGGUAAAUUAUGCAGAGCCAUACCGCAGCCAGAUAUUAGACUACCUCUUUAAGCCACAGUUUGGAGCCUCUUUGCACAUACUGAAGGUGGAGAUUGGAGGAGAUGCCCAGACUACUGAUGGAACGGAGCCAUCACACAUGCACUAUGAGAAUGAUGAGAACUACUUCCGAGGGUAUGAGUGGUGGCUGAUGAAAGAGGCCAAGAAGAGGAACCCAAAUAUCACACUUAUAGGUUUGCCCUGGGCAUUUCCUGGUUGGGUGGGCCAUGGUAAGAACUGGCCCUAUAAUUACCCAGACAUCACUGCAAAAUACGUGGUGAACUGGGUCCUUGGUGCCAAGCAGCACCACGACCUAGACAUUCAGUAUGUUGGGAUCUGGAAUGAGCGAAGUUAUGACAACAAGUACAUCAAGCUGCUGCGCUACACUCUGGAUAAGAGUGGUCUGGGGAGUGUCGGGAUCAUAGCCAGUGACAACCUGUGGGAGCCCAUUGCCCGGUCUCUGCUGCUAGACCCAGAGCUCAGCAGAGCUGUAGACGUGAUAGGGGCCCACUACCCAGGCACCCACACAGUGAUGGAGGCUGUUAAGACUCAGAAGAAGCUGUGGUCGUCGGAGGACUACAGCACCUUCAACGAUGAGGUGGGAGGAGGCUGCUGGGCUCGCAUCCUCAACCAGAACUACGUCAACGGGCUCAUGACUUCCACCAUCUCCUGGAACCUGGUGGCCAGCUACUACGAGGAGCUGCCUUUCGGCAGAGACGGGCUGAUGACAGCAGAGGAGCCCUGGAGCGGCAACUAUGUGGUGGAGUCUCCUAUCUGGAUCACAGCUCACACCACUCAGUUCACCCAGCCAGGAUGGACCUACCUGAAAACUGUCGGACAUCUGGCCCAAGGUGGAAGCUAUGUAGCCCUGACUGACGGGAGAGGAAACCUCACUGUUGUCAUAGAAACCAUGACUCAUGAUCAUUCAGUGUGCAUAAGACCUCCACUCCUCCCCUUCAAUGUGACAUCCCAGAAUGCAACUUUCCAGCUGAAGGGAUCCUUUGCCUCCGUUAAGAAACUCCAAGUAUGGCGAUCACAGUUCAACUUCAAAACAAAAAAGCCCAUCUUCUUUGAGAAACUAACUCCACUGGAGAGUAAAGAUGGAUCAUUCACCUUAAACCUUGCUGAAGAUGAGGUUUACACAUUAACCACAAUUCCAGCUGGACAGAAAGGCAGUUACCCUGACUCCCCUCCCUCUGCUCGCUUCCCUAAAGUCUACAAGGACAACUUUAAUGUCCCAAACCCUUCCUUCUCAGAAGCUCCAUACUUUGCUGACCAGACGGGAGUGUUUGAGUACUACAUCAACAUGACAGACCCUGGGCCCCACAACUUCACCUUACGACAGGUUCUGACCGAGAGACCCGUCACGUGGGUGACUGAUGCUGACCAGACCGUCAGUGUAAUAGGAGACUACCAGUGGCAGAAUCUGACGGUUACAUGCGAUGUCUUCAUGGAGAGCGUUAAGACCGGUGGUGUGUUCAUAGCAGCCAGGGUGGAUAAAGGAGGCGAGUGGGUCCGCAGCGCUAGAGGGGUCUUCUUCUGGGUGUUUGCAGAUGGCACAUACAAAGUUACCAAUGAUCUCGCUGGACAGACUGUACUUUCAGAGGGGCAGUCUGGGACCCGAGCAUAUGGUUGGAACACCUUAUCACUGACUUUGAAAGGUCAGUAUGCAUCAGGGCUGCUAAAUGGAUACCCACUGUGGAAGAAUGCUGGGGUUCUGACACCAAAGAAUGGCUGGGCAGCCAUAGGAACACGCUCAUUUGAACUCGCUCAGUUUGAUAACUUUGCAGUGGUGGCAGAAUAGUGAUUUAAAGGGCCUGAACUCGACAUUCAGAACAUAAAUAUAGCAGCAGACAAAAAUGUAUUAUGUGAAGAUGUAGUGGUGUAGCAGAAAAUGAAGUCCCACUCCCUCUGUGUGUGGGUUGCAACCCAAGCUUCUCUGUUUUCUGUUUUUGAUAACCGUUCUGACUGCACGUGCACGUUAGUACUUCACCAAGUGGGGAACGAUCUGAGAGACAAGUGUGGAAUCCCAUCCUGCUGUUUUGUUUAGUAUUUCGAGUACAGACCCUUAAACUGUGAAAUAAUGAUUUUAAACCAAGCUGUGAGUAUUGUGAUCAAUUUAGUUUAUUAACACUAAAGUGUGGUAAAUAUAGAUUAAAAGAAAUUUCCCUCUUAAACAAUUUUCAAAGGUUUUAUACAAGAAUUAACAUAACAAAUGGGCACAUAAUGUAACAUAACAUAGGCACACUUAUCUGCUGUCGGAUAUAAUUGUGAAAGAUUUUGCACUGUUUUAUGGAAAUAAAGGAUGUUUCAAUAUGGUUUAAUGUUUUGCUUGUAAUGUUUAAGGGCUGAAAUGUUGAAUUAAAAGUG